ACAGUUGACUACGCAAGCCUAUAUUUAUAUGAGAAGCAGAGGUCUAGUGAAUAAGAAAUUGUCAAUGCAGAUUAACAACAUAAAGCAUUUUUUAAGGCAUAAGCCCUUAUUCUUCACCUCCUCCUAAUAUAUUGCUCGGUAGGAUCGAGCCAGGACGGGGAUUUUCCCACUCCAGUAGUGCACUGCGAGAUGCCAGUCCUGAUGGCUAUUUUCUAGGUAGCCAAACAUGCCCCUUGCUCUGCUCUUUUCAGGUUCGACGAAGGUUUCAAGGCCCUAGCCUCUUCUGCGGUGAUCGCUGCUGGAAUUGCCUACGAGUUGAAGACUCUUUCCAGCUUCUUUCUGUACUCCCGUUCCCAAAUAUAGCUCAAGGGAGAAGGAAAGCAAGACCUAAGAACUAUAAGAACACAGAGGUGGAUCUUCCGAAAAACCAGAAGUAUUAGAAAUGGACGGCGCGGAUAGACGCAGGGCGUGGACGAAUCUCAAACAACGGCUGCGAUUUAAGGGCCUAGGCUGCUGUGGGGCCUCUUGGGCUUUCACCCGUGCCAACAUGGGCCUCAGAGAAGACGCCGAGCUUGAGGAGGAGGUGGAGGAGGAGGUAUUAUUCGUGGGUCUGGGCCAGAUCCCGGCGCCGAACGGCGGAGGGCCGGCGGCUUCCAUGAUGAAUUUAGCGGCGGCUUUGGCCGCGGAGCGCAAUGCGCGGCCAGUGCGCCCUAGGAAGGGACCCACCUUGCGUCCUAGGGGCGGUGACGAGGUUAAGUCGUUGAUGAGAUUGAUGGAAGAAGCGGACGGUGACGAUGAGAGGGAAACGGCGAAGGAGAAGGGAAAUGACGGGGUGUGCUGCGUCUGCAUGACGAGAAAUAAGGGUGCGGCUUUUAUCCCUUGCGGGCACACGUGCUGUAGGAUUUGUUCAAGAGAGCUGGUGUUGAGUCGUGGGUCUUGCCCCAUUUGCAACCGUUCGAUCCUCGAUGUUCUUGAUAUAUUUUAGAAUUUUGUUUUUUAAGAUACAAAUAUUCUUUGAUGGAAGGUGUCGUUUUGAUCACUUGGGGAAAGUGAAACGUCUCAAUUGCAAACCGCAGAGUCCAUUUUUAACCGUCCGAUGGAAUGUAUGUUUUCUUAAGGUUAGAUAUUGUCCGUCCACCUCUUCCCAAAAAAUUCACAUUUUUUAUUUAUUUA